AGGAGCGUGGUCCUGAACUCGGUCGCCUACAGCGCGGCAGUCGCCGCGGCGAGCAGGUGCGAGCAGCGGGCGCGGGCUUCCCCCUCGGCGGACGGGCCGCUGCAGCCGGGCCCAGCGAACCGCCACGCGCCGCCGGACGCGGUGGCCUCAGUCCUCUGCGAGCCGCUCGCCUGCUCGCCCGGCUCCGCGGCGGGCGGCACGGCCGACGCGACGCGGUGCUCGCCCGCGGCUUCCGAGUGGAACCAGGGCACCACGCGCUCGCCGUCGCCCAAGUCGUCCUCCGAGCCGCGCAGCGCGGACAGCAUGGCCGAUCUCCCCGAGCUGGCGGGCAGCAUGGACAACAUGGAAAAGCUGCCCGAGCUCGUGGGUUCGCCGGCGCACUUGGAGCGGUGGAUGCGCUCCGACCCCGCGCAGGUGCAGGA